AAAAAAGAAGCUGUUAAAUAUAUCGUUCAAUAGGUGGCAGUAUUGAUUCUGACAUAGGGUAAACCAAAACAGAGGAAGACUAUUUGCUCGUCACUAUGGAAACUGCUGGUGAUUUACACUAGCUUUUACCUUCGUUUACUAAUUGCUCAAUUGGUCUUCAUCGUUUUGGGUGGAAAAUUUAGCCAGCUCGGUGACUUACCUAGCUCAGUUGUUUAAGAAAUAACCCAGUUGUGUCGGUGCGUGCUCAGGAAAAUAGACUGUGAAUGAAGUAAAUAUCGAUAACAUCGUGCUAAUAUUUAUGAAUUAUCCGUCAUGUCAGACUGGUGUAACAGUGACAUUGGAGAGGCUGUCUACCGGUCUCUGGAUGCUAUCAAAAACCUACGGAUAAGGGUGUCCUUAAAGAGGGUGACCACGACAGCGUCUCUCUCCCAGCAACUCCAGCAACAAGUUCUGUCCCAGCACGAUGGAGGAGUCAUUGAACUGGUACCCCUCACCUCGCAAGCCCAGCCUGGUGAUAACGAGGAGGACGUCAUCAUCGGCUGGCAGGAAAAGCUUUUCAGUCAGUAUGAAAUGGAGCUCUUCCAAAACGAGACGGCGUGUCAGAGCCCUCUGGACCGGCAGUACAACAAAGAGGUCACGGCCCUGACUAAAACCAAGGGCCGGCAAAACCGCAGGAUUUUUACCUACACAGAUUAUGAUCGCUAUACCAACUGUCAUUCACUGCAGCAGCUGCAGCAAGACAGUGAUUUGCUCAACACAGCCAAGACCAAGCCCACCUUCCUGGCAGAAAGGAUGGCCACGGUGCGACAUCGAAGGCAGGACAGGCGAACCAUGGACUCCAGUUUCCCCAAGUCCAAGAUCAUCAACUGGGAGCCGAGCGAUGAGUUCAAGAGGAACAGCCAUGAGGUGAACAACGUCAUGCAGACAAUGCAUGUCAUGGGAGACCUGGGGCCUCCUGGAAGGUUGGGUCAGAAGGAGAAUGAAUUUUUGCUGUUCACUGUCAAAACAGACGGCAAUGGGACCAUCAUAGUGAAACCUGAUUUCAACAAGGGCAAAGAGCCCUACAGGAUAGCCACCACUGGGACCAACAAAGAGAUCUGGAAUCUCACCAUCGAAAAUGUAUCAGCAACUAUGAAAUCCGAGGAAAAAGAAAGAGAGCAGCACUUAUACAAAGAUCUGUAUGUGAGGCACAGGGAGUUUCCAAAUAGCCUCGUCGGACAGGACUUUGAAAUGCCUCCUCCAGGUGUUCUGCGCUACUUGAUGAACGGAGAGAUCGUUUCCGCCAAUGGCUUUGAAUAUGAUAAUUUAUACGUUCACUUCAUCUUGGAGCUGCCAAAUAACUGGUCCAGCUUGCCAAUGCAAUCCCAAUCUGGAGUCACGCACACCUCUCGUACCAAAUCAUUAGGGAAGGACAAUGUGGCAUAUUUCUGCUACCCUUUCACCUUUGAGGUCUUCUUCAUGAGUGAGAAAGAGAGUGAGGAAUCAGGUCCCCAGUGGCCGGUGUUGUAUUUCAAAGUUGUUUCACAGGACUCGUGGCAACGAUAUCGAACCGAAGGCUAUGGCUACCUACUCUUUCCCUCCACACCUGGUAAACACAUCCUGACGUGUCACACAUGGAGACCCCUUCAGACAGGCACGGUCUCAGCCCUAAGGCGCUUCUUCAUCGGAGGUUCCCCGGAACUGGAGGACCUCAGCUACGUUAGGAUACCGGGACAUUUUAAGGGAGAGAGGCUAAGUCGCUUUGGCUUUUGCACCAAAAGCUCAGGAAGCGUAAAAUUUAAUCUUCACUGCAUCCAGCAGUCGAGGGCUUUUGUGGAUUCCACUUCAGCAAGGAGAAGGAGGCAGAAUGCUUUCGACCAGGCCCAAGGAUUUAAUCAUCAUGAUACUCUCUUAAGCACCAUGGAGGCGUUUCAACGAGCCAGAAGAAAAAUGCAAGAAGUUAGAGAAAGUCUUCCCAUCGACUUCAUCGCCUCCGUCUCUCAAAUCCAAAUAUGAUCCACAGAAAAGUUUAUAUUAUUUGCCAUUUUAAAAUUAUAUAGAACCUUUAUAGUACUGUACUGUGUUUGAUGCAGUUUUGCAUUUUUAAAUGAUAUGUUUUUGUA